AUGGCUCCGAUUGACGGUGAGGUGAAGAAGUAUGACUAUAUUGUCAUUGGUGGAGGGAGUGGAGGGAGUGGUGCGGCGCGGCGUGCUGCGGGGUGGUACAAGGCGAAGACCCUGAUCAUUGAGAACGGUAGAUCGGGAGGGUGCUGUGUCAAUGUUGGGUGUGUCCCGAAGAAGAUGACAUGGAACUUCUCGUCCAUUGCGGAAGCGCUACGUGACGGUGUGCAUUAUGGGUAUGAUAUCCCCAAAAAUAUCUCCGUGGACUAUGGUACUUUUAAGCGAAAGCGCGACGCCGUUAUCGAGCGCUUGAAUGGUAUCUACGAGCGAAAUUGGAAUCGUGAAGGGAUUGAUCUCGUGCAUGGAACGGCCAAGUUUGUCGGACAGCAGGAGCUCGAAGUGUCAUUGCAAGAUGGCAGUGGGACGGUUCGCUUCGCCGCGCCACAUAUCCUGAUCGCUACUGGUGGAUACCCCAUAGUCCCCAAGAAUAUCCCGGGUGCUGAGCACGGCAUCACCAGUGACGGCUUCUUCGAGAUCGAGGAUCUGCCGCCAAAGAUCGCCGUUGUCGGUUCCGGAUACAUCGGUGUGGAAUUGGCGGGUGUGAUGCACACCGCCGGCGUGGAGACGCAUUUGUUCUGUCGCCACGAGACGUUCCUGCGGAAGUUUGAUCCUAUGAUUCAGCAUACCAUGACGAAGCGUUAUGAGGAUGUAGGGAUGAAGAUCCACAAAAAUUUCGCUGGGAUCAAGGAAGUCAAGCUUCUGCGUGAGGGUAAAGGGGCGGAGAAGUUGCUCAAAUUGACAAUGAACGAUGGAAGUGAGAUGGAAGUCAACGAGUUGCUUUGGGCUAUUGGUCGCGCACCGGCUGUUGAUAAUCUGGACCUCAAGGCGGCUGGCGUCAAACAAAUGCCCAGUGGCCAUAUUGUGGCUGAUGAGUUCCAAAACACUUCCGUCAAAGGCAUUUAUGCUCUCGGUGACGUUACGGGCAAAGCCGAGUUGACUCCAGUUGCCAUUGCCGCCGGCCGCCAGCUUGGAAACCGCCUCUUCGGUCCUCCAGAGCUCAAAUCGUCGAAGCUCUCAUAUGACAACAUCCCCACCGUUGUAUUCUCACACCCCGAAGUUGGCUCCAUCGGCUUAACGGAGCCCGAAGCCGUACAGCAAUACGGCAAGGAGAACCUCAAAAUCUACCACACCAAAUUCACCGCCAUGUUUUACGAUGUAAUGCCUCCAGAAGAUAAAGCUCAUAACCCGACUGAGAUGAAACUCAUCUGUGCGGGACCCGAAGAGAAAGUCGUUGGGUUACAUAUUCUAGGCCUAGGCGUCGGCGAGAUGUUGCAGGGCUUUGGUGUUGCCGUGAAGAUGGGCGCGACCAAGAAGGAUUUCGAUAGCUGUGUUGCUAUCCAUCCUACGUCUUCCGAGGAAUUGGUGACUUUAAGAUAA